AUGCGUUAUCGUUUCACUAUGACUUCCUCUCCCCUGCUUCAACUCGCAUCACAGCCCAGCCCGCUCCCGCUCGCUUACGACGUCCGUCCGACCUCCCUGCGAGGAGGCAACGACUUCUGGGCCUUUUUUCAGCAGCGGCAGGACAAGCUGGAAGAAACGACUCGCCAGAGUUUCUCCGACCAAUCAGAGGCCUCCGCGUUGUCCCUCGCGGCACGGGCGAACUCUCACGCAUACGUGCCUACAACUUGCCGCUCCCUCGCUUGCAGAUACGCCGAUAUCAACGACGGCCAAUCCUUCCUCGGCAUCCCGAGGUUUUACCGCCAUAGCCUCCAAGUGGUAAAGAAGGCGGUGGAGGAUUGGAACCAAUCAACGCGUCCGAUGUCGUUUGCGGUUCAUUUCGGCGAUAUUGUUGACGGCUUCUGCCCUAGGGACAGAUCCGAGGAAGCUGUGAACACGGUUCUGGAUGCAAUGGCCGGCUUCUCAGCCGGUCCCACAUACCAUAUGAUCGGCAACCACUGCUUGUACAAUCUGCCCCGCGUGGCUCUCAAUAAGAUGCUCGCCAUCCCCACCGCUGCUGACAACCGCUCUUACUAUGACUUCUCGCCCUUCCCUAACUUUAGGUUCGUAGUUCUUGAUUCGUACGACGUGAGUUUGCUGGGGUGGCCUGAGGACCACCCACACGCAGUGAGGGCGAGAGAGGUGCUGGAGAGGGAAAAUCCCAACGAGGAGAAGAACAGCCCUGAGGGGCUCGAAGGGUUGAACAGGCGGUUUGUGAAGUUCAACGGAGGCGUGGGGGAGGAGCAGCUCCAGUGGCUGGAAGGCGUGCUCUCAGAGUGCGAUGCGUUGGGAGAGACAGUGGUGCUGUGCUGCCACCAGCCCAUCGAGCCCACUGCUCUGCCCACCGCCACCUGCCUUGUCUGGAACUAUGAUGAGGUGCUAGCAACCAUUCACAGGCAUGAGUGUGUGGCAGCAGUGAUAGCAGGGCACGCGCACUUCGGAGCAUAUGCGCUCGACGCCAGAGGCAUUCACCACCGCAUUCUGGAGGGCGCAGUGGAGUGCCCCCCUGGCACGGUGGCGUUUGGGCAUGUGGAUGUGUAUCCCGACCGGCUUUGCAUCAUUGGCAAAGACCGCAUGCUCUGCACUGAGAUGAAGUUCCCCUGUAGGCCUGGCGCUCCUGAUCUGUAG